AGCUGAGGAAGGCUGUGGAGACUCUCAAGUCGGAUGCACAGACAGCAGUGAAGCAGAGUGAGAGGAUGUUUACUGAAAUGAUCCACUCCGUUGAGAGAAGGAGCUCUGAGGUGACAGAGCUGAUCAGAGCUCAGGAGAAGGCUGAGUUGAGUCUGGCCGAAGGACUCCUGAAGCGACUGGAGCAGGAGAUUGCUGAGCUGAAGAGGACAGAUGCUGAAAUGAAGCAACAUUCAUUGACACAGGAUCCCAUCCACUUCCUCAAGAACAUGGUGUCCAUCGCUGGUUAUCAAUACAGUGCUGUGACCAGAAGGACCUUCAGCUUAAGCCAAUUCUUGGAGCCCCUGAAGGAAUCUGUGUCUGCAAUGAAGAUGCAGCUGGAGGAGAAAUUAAAUUCACUCUUCGGGCAGGAAAUAGUCAAGAUAUCUGCAACAGAUACUGAUCCUGAUGUCCCAGUCAAGAGGGCAGACAGUAAGGAACCACCAGACAGUAAGGAACCCCUACCGCCACCACACAAUCCUGAUCCUGAACUCCCUGUCAGAAGAGAGGACAGCUAUGACGAUCUGCCACCACACAAUACUGAUCCUGAACUCCCAGUCAAAAGAGUCAACAGCAAGGAGUGGCUGCCACCAGACUUGGCUGCAGAAGCUUCCAGCCCUGCCACGGUCCUCAUGUCCCCCCAGCCAGAGGUACUUCUUCUGCCACAGCUACCAACUCCAGUACCCAGCCAACCCAAACGCACGCCCAAAAAGAUCCGAAUACGGGACCCUAAUCAAGGAGGACGUGACAUCACAGACCAGCUCAUGUCUCUAUCCGUCUACUCCCAACUCCCCACAGACUUUUACAUCAAGGAGCACGUACAGAAGUUGCCAGCAUUCAUCAGAGACACAACAGAUUUCAUAAACAAGAUAGCUGACCUGCCCAACCUGGCCGAUGACGUCAUCCUAGUCACCUUCGACAUCGCAAGCCUCUAUACCAACAUACCACAUGAUGGAGGGCUGGAGCUUCCACCCGACCCCACUAAAGAGGGGCCUGCCAAAAAGUCAAUUCUACAGGCUGAGAAGAAUAUGUGA